CUGCGUUUCUCCCGCAUCAGCCCGAUGAAUCAAUGACCAACUUUUCUUGUCCUCACCGGAGAAGAACUUUUGCCCCACCAAAACAAUCAUUGUCGUUCACCCCCCAUCUUCCUCCUCUUCUUCCUCUUCUUCUUCAUCCUUCUCCUCCCUCAUCAUCUUCUCUUGAGCACCAGUGCAAGUACAUAUCUAUCCUCCCCCCACCAUGUCUCUCACCAACAAGCUCGCCAUCACAGACGUCGACCUCAAGGACAAGCGUGUCCUGAUCCGAGUUGACUUCAACGUUCCCCUUGAUGGCACCAAGGUGACCAACCCCCAACGUAUUGUUGGUGCUCUCCCCACCAUCAAGUAUGCUAUCGACAAUGGCGCCAAGGCCGUCAUUCUCAUGUCCCACCUCGGCCGUCCCGAUGGCAAGAAGAACCCCAAGUACAGCUUGAAGCCUGUUGUUCCCGAGCUGGAGAAGCUUCUUGGCAAGCCCGUGAUCUUCACUGAGGACUGCGUUGGCAAGGACGUUGAGGAGACCGUCAACAAGGCCUCUGGUGGCCAGGUCAUCCUGCUUGAGAACCUGCGUUUCCACGCUGAGGAGGAAGGAAGCUACAAGGAUGCUGAGGGCAAGAAGGUUAAGGCCGACAAGGCUGCCGUGGAGGAGUUCCGUAAGGGAUUGACUGCUCUGGGCGAUGUUUACAUCAACGACGCCUUCGGAACUGCCCACCGUGCCCACAGCUCUAUGGUCGGCGUCGAACUUCCCCAGAAGGCCUCUGGUUUCCUGGUCAAGAAGGAACUCGAAUACUUCGCUAAGGCUCUGGAGAACCCCCAGCGCCCCUUCCUUGCCAUCCUCGGCGGCUCCAAGGUCUCCGACAAGAUCCAACUGAUCGACAACCUCCUCCCCAAGGUCAACAGCCUGAUCAUCACGGGCGGCAUGGCCUUCACCUUCAAGAAGACCCUUGAGGGUGUGAAGAUCGGAAACAGCCUGUUCGACGAAGCUGGCAGCAAGACUGUUGCUGAAAUUAUGGAGAAGGCUAAGAAGUACAACGUCAAGGUUGUCCUGCCCGUCGACUACGUCACCGCCGACAAGUUCGCUGCGGACGCGAAGGUCGGCUAUGCCACUGAUGCCGAGGGCAUCCCCGACGGCUUCAUGGGUCUGGAUGUCGGCGAGAAGAGCGUCCAGUCCUACAAGGAGACUAUUGCCGAGGCCAAGACUAUCCUGUGGAACGGCCCCCCCGGUGUCUUUGAGAUGGAGCCCUUCGCUAGCGGCACAAAGGCUACAUUGGAUGCUGCUGUGCAGGCUGCUGCUAACGGUGCUAUUGUCAUCAUUGGUGGCGGUGACACCGCUACCGUUGCUGCUAAGUACAAGGCUGAGGAGAAGCUCAGCCACGUUUCCACUGGUGGUGGUGCGUCGCUGGAGCUGCUGGAGGGCAAGGAGUUGCCCGGUGUUGCUGCUCUAUCCAGUAAGUAAAUAUAUUAUCAGACCAAACGAAGAGAGAGAGAGAGAGAGAGAGAGAGAGAGAGAGAGAGAGAGCUUGAAGUCAGUUUUCU